AUGACUACCGGCACCGCGGAAGCAGGGAGGCAGGAAGACCACGUCUCGGUAACACACUCCUGCCUCCAGCUGGGCGAGAUCGUGGAGGCCGUGGCCGACACCCGCGCCGGAGCCAUCUCCACCUUCUCGGGGACAACCAGGGACAACCACUACGCUCGUGGCGUGGCGGAAAGCCGGCGAUACUUUUGA